AUGGACUCUUCCGACCCAAACUCAAUCCCCCCUAUCCCUCAACGCUACCGAAACCUCCAAACCCCUGAGCCUCGCCAACAACGCCGCCGCUCCUUACCUCCUCCGUCGCGCCGCGAUACCGAUGCCGUCCCCAGCUCGCCCGAGGUCAUAUCUUCUCUGAUCACCAGUCUCUCCGUCAUCUCAAAGCCCGCCGACCAACACUUUGAGCGCAGUGCCCCGAGCCUGUCACUCCCGGUCUCACCCCGCAACGGCAGCUUCGGAGUCGACUACGGCGCCUUUACUCAACCAUCACUUGCGGAACUUCGCGCCAAAGACGUCCCCAUCGACGAGGUCGCCGCGUCUGCCCCCGUCAUCCGUACCGCCAAGCCGCCUUCUGGGCUCUCGCCUUUGACCGCGCCCAAAUCACCAUCCCGCGACGCUUCUGGUGGUGGCCUCAGAUCACUUCUGCGAAGCUCUUCGCGGCCCUCCUCAAAAGGCUCGCUCGGGUCGCGGGACGAUGCUCAGAGCAUCGGCAAUCUCUCAAUAGAACGCGGCUCUGCGCCAACACCAGAGCUCAGAAGACAACGAUCCUACGACAGCUGGGGCAAGAAGCAGGGAAGGAGUCACAGGGGCCUGAUGUAUAUGAGCUCCAAGGAACGACUUCGAGAAAAGGAAGAGAAGAAACGCGCGAGUAUCGGUGAAAGAAGCUCGAGCAGCUUCACUGGAACGUCACUAAGACCCGAUCCGUUCCUGGCCGAGACACCAAUUAGCGAAGAACCCGCCUUUAACAUGGAAUCCCCCACGCGAGAGAAUUCCAACCACCCGGACAUGACGAGCCCCAACCGUGGGGAAGCCGCCAGCCCGCGUCCGAUUCCAGCCCGAGAUUCGUCCCUCUUCAAGACUGGAUCGAACGCCAAGAGGUCGUCCACGAGAUCCUCACGGUCAAAGCGAGAAAGCGAAAACGGCACGAGCGAUGUUAUAUAUGAAGGACACGAGAAAACGCCUGCGCGGGAUGCUCCACGGCGGAAACACCUGUCUCGCCAUGCUUCCGAAAACGACCUGGCUAGGAUAUCGGCCGACGCAUCCGGCAAGCUAGCGAGCCGUCCAUUGUUCGAGACCAGGCACACUGAGGACUUCCGAGUGUCGGGUCCGUUAUUUGAGGAGGAAGAUGUUGAGGACAGCGCUCCUUUCCCCGCCGUUGCUCAAGGUCGUCGUCGAGACGAUCAGAGCGCCGACCGGAACAUUCGGAAAUCACUACGAGACAGUUCAGACGUUGGCGAGACCCUCAAGAUGAAGCGCAGCAGUUCAAGGCUCAAGCGGCUCUCCACCGGGCCUUUGAGUCCAAAGGGAGAAGAGCCGCAGACGAGUGCACGCAAUUCGGCUGCGUCUCCUGACAACCGCAACAGUAUGCCCGCCGGCUACGAGCGUCCACGCAGCGCCGAUUCCAUCGACGACGCCGUCGAAUCCUAUCUGUGCUCUCCCAGACUAUCACAGAAGAUCAAGCAUCCUCAGACUGGACGUGUAAUUUCCUUCUCGGAAGUGGGAGACGCCGACGGGUCUGCCGUAUUCUGCUGCGUGGGCAUGGGGUUAACGAGAUACAUCACGGCAUUCUAUGACGAAUUGGCGUUGACACUCAAGCUGCGCCUCAUCACACCUGACAGACCUGGUGUUGGAGACAGCGAAGCAUACGCUGAUGGAACCGCGACGCCGCUCAGCUGGCCCGACGACGUCUACGCCAUCUGCCAGGCUCUCAAGAUCACCAAGUUCUCGAUCCUCGCACACUCCGCCGGUGCCAUCUACGCCCUGGCAACGGCUCUUCGCAUGCCUCAGCACAUUCGCGGCAGGAUACAUCUGCUUGCUCCCUGGAUCCCGCCAUCCCAAAUGAACGUCUUCGGCACAUCGCAGGCCCUUCCCCCGACGAACGCCAUCCCGACAUCCCAACGUAUCCUCCGAGCACUACCGACGCCAUUCCUCAAAGCCGCCAACAGCUCCUUCAUGUCCGCCACGAGCAGCUCCAUCACGAGUUCGCUACCCAAGACGCCCAGACGUAGCAAGCGCAAAUCGACGGCGACAACAGGUCGGGGCACCCCAGCCAUGUCGGACGGGGGAAAGCGGGACACGACACCCCACCUCGACAAGGAGAAUCUCGGCCUCUUCAACUUCAAGGACCGCGACAGCACCGGCGAUGCCUUGCUUGGCACCGGACCCGCUCCGAUUGCCACAGAGAACAUGGAUAGGAUAAGGCCCACAGGCACCGCAUCGGCACAGGGCCAUUACGACCCUGAGACGCAGAUCCUGGCUGCCGCCGCGGACGCAUUGAUGGACAAGGAACGUCAAACAAUCUACGACAACAGACUGACGCAUGCCAUUUGGGAACUUGCAACGACGGGCGCCAACCCUGCCGUCGACCUGUUGGUCUGCUUGGAGCGCAGGCACACCAUCGGUUUCCGAUACGUCGACAUCACGCGCCCUGUCGUCAUUCACCACGGUAGCCGCGAUACCCGCGUGCCCGUCGACAACGUCAAGUGGCUGGGCAAGACGAUGCGACGCUGCGAGGUACGCGUGCUCGAGGGAGAAGGCCACGGCCUCAUGGCGAGCGCCGGUGUCAUGGGCGCUGUGCUCAUGGAGAUUAGCAAGGAGUGGGAUGAUUGGCUCCGCGCCACCAACGGCAAGAAGGACGACCGCGGUCGAAGAACCAGCGCGCGGUAG